UUGCCUGGCAGAAUCACUCAUGGGAACACACAAUGAACAUAUACUAAUCGGCAGCCAGCAGCGGCCAUAACAGUGACAAAGUGAGGUGCGGCCGCACAUAAAAAGGAUCAGCAGGUGGAGGACGGCUGUGUCUGUGUCUGUCUGUCUGUGGAUCUACUACUCUCCAGCUCACAGAUCAUCUGAAGUUCAAAAAUGUACCCACACAACCAAGGAAACCAGUACCCUGGCUAUCCUCAACAGCCAGGGGGUUACCCUCAACACCCUCCAGGCGGUGUCCCGCCAACCUGCCCUCCUGGACCCCACGGUCCACAGGGAGGAUACCCCGGAUACGGGCCUGGGCCUGGCUGUGGACAAGGUCACGGCCAUGGCCACGGUCAGGGUCACGGCCACGGCCAUGGCCACGGCCAUGGCCACGGUCACGAUCACGGUCACGGUCAUGGCCCCUGUCAUCAGGGCCACGGACAACACGGCUUCAAGCACAAGCACAAGCAUGGUCACAAGCAUGGCAAGUGCCACAAGAAAGGAAAGAACUGUCAUGGGUCCUCCAGCAGCUCCUGCAGCAGUGACUCAGACUAGAGAAGAUUCCUGGAGGGAAAUGGAAAAACCUUCGUCCUCCUGUCAUGCAUGAGAAAUACAUUUCACUGCCUAUUAAACAUUUCUUCACACAAUAGUUUAAAUUUGUAUUUGUAUUUAAAGAGGAACCAGGCUUCUGUCAAAACUUAAAAUAUCCUUCUUCUUUUCAUCUUUGAGUUUUCAUCACUUUUGUGUUUCGGGGAAACUGAUGACUGUGUGUGAUAAAUACUCAACAUUGAACUCUGCAGUGUCCUGCCUUUCCAUUUAGUUUUGUCCCCCUGUUUCUUUCUUUCUUUCUUUCUUUCUUUCUUUCUUUCUUUCUUUGUCCUCUCGCCUAUAAAUUGACUCUUUAUUUGUCCAGGGAAGCUCAACUGAGCCACACCUUGGUCAUUACGCCCUGAAACCACCAGGCCUGUGAGGGCGCCCAUGUCUUGUUCUUGAUAUUUAUUUAUAUAAAAAAGGUGGAAGUGGUGGAAGAUGUCAGUAAAAAUAGCCAUACAUAAUAUAAUCAUAAUAAUCGGUAACAAAUCGCAAAUAAAUCAUCACAAACUUUGCAGAUCCCUCAGAUCUCAGAAUGCUUUGGCUUCUUCUCUGCAAUUUUACUGUUGUGGUUGAAUCUCAGUUUCUGUUUUCAGAGAAAAAGAAUAAAAAGCUUUACAAAUUCACUGAACAAUUAAAUAACAUAUGGCACAAAGCACAAAUCUCAGAAACCAAACACAAGGGAGGUGGUGGAGACCAAAUCAGCGCUAAAUUGGCCCUUUAAAUAACUUAAAUAAAUAAAUAAAUAAAUACAUAAAUAAAUAUUAAUAAAAUAAAUAAUAUUGCUAAUAAUGUGUGGUUUUUUUUUGUUUGCUACUAUAAACUACUUGGUAUCAGCUUUACAGCAUUUAUUUCUUUAUUUGUUCCUUUCAUGAAUGUGCACAAUUAUACAAUAUGAAACUGAUACAUAAUUAUUCAUAAUACAUAUUUCAAUUUGACACAUUUUUAAUGACACAACCGUGUCAUGUCUUAUAUUAUUUACGUUGGCCGACCGAUUAAUAAUCUUUGUGAGAAUGGUGCAAGAAGAGGAUAUUAAACAUUUCAAUUUGAUAACUGACAAAGUUGUGGUUCACUUGAUAAUCUCUGUCAUGUCUGUAUGUAGUGAAGCAGGAAUGAGAGACACAUUUUCUGACAGCAGCCACUAUAUAAUGAUAAAGAUACUAGGCCACCCCCAGGUGAGCAGGAAAAGGCUGUUAGAGGCAAACCACUCUUGGGUGUUUUUAAUGUCUUGCUGAUACUUAUUUUGGAUACCACCUUUAGAACUAUAUAAAAAACCACACACACAGAAAACUGCCCUGAUAUGUAAAAAUAUGUCGGAUGCUUCGUUGAAAGAACAUUGGAGUCAGUGCCUCCUCCCAACAGUAGGUGGCACUGUGGUACAAACACACUGGCACGGUGACGCUGUGACGUCAUUAACCAUGACCAAUCAGGAUGUUCUUGUCGCCACAUCCAGGAAGUAAACUAAAAACUUGAAAACAAGCCGUGUGUGUGUGUGUUUUGCAGCAGCCUGUCAGGACACGACGUUAGAGACAGAGACAGACAGAGACAGUAAUGUCCUUAACCACUAUAACCUCCAUAUACAGACUGAGGUCUCUCUGCAGACUGCAGCGAAUCCAGGGACACAUGAUGUCGAGUCAAGUGGAACCAGAGGUUCUCCUGGAGAAAGUGGCCAGAGCAGGUGUGAUCACUCUGAACCGACCCAAAGCCCUGAACGCCCUCAACCUGCCCAUGGUCCGUCAAAUCUACCCUCAGCUGAAGAAAUGGGAAAAUGACAAUGAUAUCGACAUUGUCCUAAUCAAAGGAGCAGGUGUGAAAGCUUUCUGUGCUGGUGGAGACAUCAGAGCGGUCACAGAAGCAGGGAAAGUCGGGGACUCUCUGGCACAGGACUUUUUCCGUGAAGAAUACAUUCUCAACAAUGCUAUUGGAUCGUACAGGAAGCCGUAUAUCGCCCUUAUUGAUGGAAUAACAAUGGGAGGGGGCGUUGGUCUGUCUGUUCAUGGACGGUUUCAAGUGGCCACUGAGAAGACGCUGUUUGCAAUGCCGGAGACUGCCAUAGGGCUUUUCCCUGAUGUGGGAGGUGGCCAUUUCCUGCCAAGGCUCCGCGGCAAGUUGGGUCUGUUCCUGGCUUUGACCGGCUUCCGCCUCAAGGGACGCGAUGUGCAGAGAGCUGGAGUCGCCACACACUUUGUAGAGUCGAAGAAGAUCCCAGACCUGGAGAAAGACCUGGUGGACUUAAAGUCUCCAUCUACUGAAGACAUCAGCAGAGUGUUGGACACCUACCAGAACCAGAGUGAUCUCGAUGCUGAGAAGCCUUUUGUCCUGGAGAAGCACGUGUCUGAUAUUGACAGGUUGUUCAGCUCCAACAGUGUGGAAGGAAUAAUGCAGAACCUGAAAGCCGAUGGCUCCGAGUUCGCAAACAAACAGGCCGAGGUGUUGUCCAAAAUGUCUCCCAUGUCCCUGAAGAUGACCUACAAGCAGCUGCAGGCGGGAGCCUCUCUGAGCCUGCAGGACGUGUUGGUGAUGGAGUAUCGACUGUCUCAGGCCUGCAUGAGGGGCCAUGACUUCUAUGAGGGUGUAAGAGCCGUGCUGGUCGACCGGGACCAGAAUCCCAAGUGGAAGCCGUCAAAGCUGGAGGAGGUUUCUGAGCAGAGCUUGGAGCAGUGCUUUGCCUCACUGGGAGAGAAGGACCUAACAUUCUGAUUAUGCCGCGUGUGCAACAUUCAAACACUCACCACUAACCCCUCCAGUAAACCGUUUCAUUCUGUCCCCACAACCCAGUUUGGUCGUCUGAGAGGGGGACUGUGCCACUGAGGAUGGGUCUGUUAUUUAACAACAAAUUUGAAGAUCAUGUAAGUUUCACUUGGCCGUGCAGUGGCUAGCAUUGUUGCUUCACAGCGAGAAGGUCACAAGUUCGAAAUCCUGGUUUGACUAAGGGCCUUUUGUGUGGAGUUUGCAUAUUCUCCCCAUAUAUAUGUGUGUGUGUGGGUUCCUCCCUCCCACAUUCCAAAAUCAUGCAGUUUGGUGAUUAGUUUAAUUGAACACUUUCUAAAUAGACAGUCUAGUUUGACCACAGGUGAGUGUGAGAGAGUGAAUGGUUGUUUCUAUAUUAGGGCUGUUUUUAAUACUACUAGGUAGUCGCCUUAUUACCUAAUUAUGGCCUAAUUAAUCUCACAUUUGGAAAUAAAUUAUUAAAAGUUUGCUUUUCUUCUAAUGACUAAAUGAAACUACACAUAGAACUAUGGGAAUUAGAUUUGUGUCAAUAUUUUCAAAUAACGCUUUUAAUGAAGCAAACAACAGUUUUUAAGAAGCAAAUAAAAUAUUCAUUUAAUCAUUGGAAUCAUUGAAAAUACACUUGUUCUUUGUGCCAUGUUUGUUUGUGUUUGUGGGCGGGUCUUAGGAAACUGCCUGCUGAUUGGCUACUCAAUUUUGGUGCGACAGCUCAAUAGUCACAGGGCUUUCAGUCGCUGUCCAUCUGGAACUCUUUCCCCCGUCGACAUCCAACAAAAUAAUUGUAAGUCUGUAACGUUUUUAUCCGACAAACGUAAUUAUUUUGUCGGAUGUCGACUGGGAAAACAUGGGGAACGAGAUCCAGACAGAGAGCGACUCCAAGCCUGUGACGGCGUCCGGUCUAUUGAGACGAUUGAGGCGUCCAAAUGGAAGUCGCCAGGCAACUGCUGCCAGCCUAUUACGGACACUAUCGGUGUCCGGAAUGGUUAAUUUGCCCCUUACUUUCCACGGAUGAUGUUUGUUUUAACAACUUUUGUUUUAUCGAUAAAACGAAAACUUGCACCCCAACGAUCCCUCACCUGUCUCUCCAUCUUCAGCUACUAUCCUGCAAGUGACUGAUUUGUGCAGACAAUUCCAGGCUUUCAUGUCGGAGGUCAGCGCACACUAGAAGUAAACAAACUUGCGUUAACUGCGUUAAAUUACUUUGUCGUGCUAAUCUCGGGCUGUAUUAAUCACAGCGAUUAACGUGUUAACUUUGACGGCCUUACUCUAUAUGUUAGCCCUGCGAUGGAGAGGACUUUAAGUAGCUCACAGACUCAAAUGUGUCCCAUAUAUUGUGAAAGACGCUUCGUGUGGACUUCCUCUGCAAUGGAAGUGUGACAGUCUUUUCUACAUCCAGCUGUGCUGCAGUAACUUGGUGCAGUAGCAGCAGCAGCGGCGGCUGCUGCAUCAGGAUGAGGAAAUAGGGAAGGGAAAAGCGAGGGUGUUCGUUGACGUAACACUGCUCAGUAUCAUCCGUAUUUCUGCAGAGGCCACUUGUUCUCGUACACAUAACCUAAUGUCUCUAUUUUGUUCUGAAAGCAUUGUCAUGAUUGUUUCGCUGCAUUAUAGAGACAAAUAUGGCUUUGGCUGUCUGAAAUGUUUGUCAUAUUGUGUGGUUUUUAUGUUUCUCAGAACAUCUUUCAAAAAAAUGAGCAUUUCGGGGCUCCCAAAACACUGUUUCCAUGUGGAUAAAACGCCAAUAAGAUUAAAAAUGAUUAUACCUUAUGAUGCCACCGUGUGCUUUUCAUGACUAUGGAAACAGAUUAAGCAGAAAUCAUUCCAGACCUUUCUAAAUAAACUGUCUCUCGUCCUACUCUGGAGAACGAAUAGAGAUUAAAUCUGAUCCGUAUAUUUCCUGGUCUCUGGAUUUGAACUUAAUCUUCCUGCCAAAAUGGUGGUGUCUUGAUUCUGUAAUGCGUGAUGUCAGCUGUCACAGACUCUAUUGAUCUUGUCUACUGCAGCUUUAAAUUUAAACAUCAUUAAAAUCCUCUGUGGAGGAGUCACACCAUC